UCUAAAAGGCACCAUAGAGAACCGAGGGGAGAGAAGGUGUGAAAGAGGACGGUUAACCACAUCCACAUCAUCCACAGCAGUCCCAGAGGAAACUGCAAGAAGAUGGGGGACAAUAUUUGGGGCCUGAGUGCCAGCAAUACUUCUUCUUCUCUCAACUUCACUCUACCACCCAAUUUUGGCAAGCGUCCCACUGACUUGGCUCUCAGUAUCAUCUUGGUAUUCAUGCUCUUCAUUGUCAUGAUCUCCCUAGGGUGUACUUUGGAGUUCAGCAAGAUGAAAGCUCACUUCUGGAAGCCCAAAGGGAUUGCCAUUGCUUUGGUCUCUCAGUAUGGGGUGAUGCCACUCACAGCCUUUGCUCUGGGCAAGAUCUUCCGGUUGAACAAUAUUGAGGCCCUAGCCAUAUUGGUAUGUGGCUGCUCCCCAGGUGGGACCCUAUCCAACAUCUUCAGUUUGGCGUUAAAGGGAGACAUGAAUCUCAGCAUUGUGAUGACUACCUGCUCCACUUUCUUUGCCUUGGGCCUGAUGCCGCUCCUGCUGUACAUCUACUCCAAAGGAAUCUAUGAAGGGGAUCUCAAGGACAAGGUGCCCUAUGCGCAAAUUGCCAUCUCACUGGCUUUGAUACUUAUUCCUUGCACCAUAGGAAUCAUCAUCAAUUCCAAGAGGCCACAGUAUGGACGCUACAUUGUUAGGGGGGGAAUGAUCAUAAUGCUUAUUUUAUCAGUGGGCGUUGCUGCCCUUGCUGCCAUUAACAUUGGCCGAAGCAUCAUGUUUGUCAUGACAUUUCGUCUCCUGACUAUCUCUGCUUUGAUGCCUUUCAUUGGCUUCACCCUGGGUUAUAUCCUCUCAGCCAUCUUACGCCUCAAUGGAAGAUGCAGACGCACCGUCAGCAUGGAGACUGGAUGCCAGAAUGUUCAGCUAUGCUCUGCCAUCCUCAAUAUGACCUUUCCUCCAGAAGUAAUUGGACCUCUCUUCUUUUUUCCUCUCCUCUACAUGAUUUUCCAGCUUGGGGAAGGGCUCCUUCUUAUUGCCAUCUUUAGAUGCUACAAUAAAAUCAGGACUCCCAAGGAUAAAACAAAAAUGAUCUACACAGCUGUGAGUGACACUGCCAAAGAAGCAGACACAAGAACUCAAGACAACGGUACGAGUGUGGCCUAGACUCAGUCUACCUCACUAGCAACUGGAUCUUAUCUAUAAAGGGCCAUUCCCAGUGCCAGCAGCAAGGCUUGAAAUACACAACAGAAAGAACAGCAUUAUCUGAAUUACCAGGGCAAACUCUCCUGUGCCCUCUGUAAGCCAUUCCAGCAUUAACCACCCAAAUGAUCGUGGUACUCCUCUAGGUGUUAUGGAUGUCCAUCUGAGCAACGUAUUAUAGCCAAUACCAACCUGGAACUUUUUUUCUGGCCACAUGCAAAAAAUAAAAUGAGACUAAUGGAAUUUGGUGAAUUUAUGUGCAGUAAGAUAUGAAGGGCUCAGUCUUAAAGUGUUUAUUAGGAAAAAUUGUACCUCGACUCUCAUUUCAGUAUAGUUUCUGUUGUCUUCCCUUCCUUUGCCUCAAAAUUUCUAAAUAGACAUAAUUUUGAUGAGUUACCAGUUCCUUUUAAACACUUCAAUGGAAAAAAAAUUGGAUAUACUUUGUUUUAACACAAUAGACGCAUUCCAAAGACCCCUCCCAAAGCAACACCCCAAAGCAGAUUCUGACAGUAAAGUCUCUUUCCAUUUUAGCAGCUUACCACUAAAUUGGUUUAUAUUUGA